UCAGUUGGGACAGGCUGUCUCCAAAAUUGGUGCGUAACGCGUAUGCCUAUGGAAAUGGAAUAGGAAAAAGAAUAGUGGAGGACGGACCGGCAAGUAUACUGCCAGAUUGUGUAGGCUACGGGAGAAAGAACAGAGCCUACCUCCUUUAUUAUCGAAGACUGGGAAUAUUUUGUUUCUGAAGUUAUUUAUGCUAAUUGGACUACUUGUUUGGCUGUAGCCUAUAUUCUGUACAUCCUGCGCGCUGGCAAAUCAAAUGCUUUUGCAUCAGUUCGUUAAGGGGACAUUGGAGACAAUGCAUCCUACAAUCAAAAAAGACACUACUUUCACAAAGAUAUUUGUGGGUGGCUUACCAUACCAUACCACGGAUGCAUCUCUUCGAAAAUAUUUCGAAACUUUCGGGGAUAUCGACGAGGCUGUUGUUAUAACUGACCGACAGACCGGGAAAUCGAGAGGAUAUGGAUUUGUGACCAUGACAGACAGGGGGGCAGCAGAGCGAGCUUGUAAGGACCCCAACCCCAUCAUCGACGGCCGCAAAGCCAACGUCAACCUGGCUUACCUUGGAGCCAAGCCUCGCAGCCCACAAACAGGUCUCUCCAUUGGCGUGCAGCAGAUCCACCCCUCGCUCUUACAGAGGCAGUAUGGGUUGGCUCAGCAGUAUGUGUACCCCCAGGCCUUUGUCCAGCCCAGUCUGGUGCUACCCACUCAGGUCACAUCUACCGUAGGCUCCCCCUAUUUGGACUACAACACAGCCUACGCCCAGUACGCGUCUGCCGCCUUUGAGCAGUACCCUUACGCGGCCUCGCCAAGCUUCCUCAGCUACACCUAUCCCACCACGACCGCCCUCGGACCCUCCGCUGCUGCCAACCCGAACCACCUCCCGCAAGCCCUCUCAGCGGGCUCCAACCCUGCAGCGGCUGCCUUCCUCCAGUAUCCCGCCCAGCCAUUGCAUUCAGACCGCCUGCAGUGAGGAGGACUGGGCAAGCAGAGUUGAUUAUUGCACUAUGACAUCAUCAAGACGGGACGAAGAGCUGUGAUGUCAUCCAAGUGGGGCUUGUUAUCGUCAAGUGGAGCCCCCAGUUACACCCAAAGGGCUUCCUGUUUAUGGACUCUGUUACAAACAAACAAGCAAAACAAACAAAAAGCCACCAUUAGUUUAAACAAACAUUAGUAGAACAUUUUUUACAAUUUAUUAAUAUUAUAAUUAAUGUUAUUUUUCACUGUGUAUCUUUGUUAUCGUCUGUGCUGGUAGUAUAAUUGUUAUAUGAACUCAGUGGACUCAGGGCCCUGGCUGUGUAUUGGACUGUGGAUGAGGGGGUGGUAAGGGGCCCCAGGUACAGUUCACUCUGAGAGAGGCCAGGGAGGAGGCCUUGUGCAGGGGAGGCCUGUGGGGCCUCGGCCAAGCUCCACUGCUCAGGACUAAUGGAGGAAGUGGAUGAUCAACAAGCUAAGGGUUACUUUAAAACUAAAUGUUGAAACCCUAACUGUUUUUAUGGGCACCAUAGCACAGACAGACACACACACACACACACACAGACACACACACACACACACACACACACACACACACACACACACACACACACACACACACACACACACACACACACACACACUGACAUGAUAUACACCAAUGUCUAGAGGUACUGAAUACUAUUAGUAAAUGUAUGGGUAGUUUCAUGAUCAGGGUUAGUGUUUAAUAUUAUCCACAUACAUGUCUUUGUACUAUGAUUAUGUUGGAGAACUACAUUUUAUCAUUAAUGAGGCUAAACAGCACAAAACAUCUUUCAGUCAUUUCCAUCGUCAAAUUGAUAUUUUGUUAAAAAACUACACUACUUCUGCAGCACAUUCUAUCAACAGCAUUUUAUUGUAGGCAGAAAACUGGACUUUCCCAGGACAUUCUGUAAUAUGUUGCAAUUGGCAUGUGAAGUGGUUGAACUUAAUUAAUGGAGGAAAUACAUCAGAUAUAUAGACUAUGCCACAGCCUGUCAUCAAAAAAUUUCCAGAGGUAUUUUGCAACACAAAAAUGUUAUACAUCGAUAAUUGAUAUAGUUGCACAACUUAAGCUCUAAAGUUUUUUGUCCAUUCCAACAAAUUGUCUAUAAAUAUGCUACAAAAAGUACCAUACAUGAGAAUGCAACUGAUUUAACCAGUCUUAAUUAAAUCACCUUAACAAAAGGAAUAGUAAUAAAGACUACAAGUAUUUAACCUUAAGAUGCCCACUUGAACACACCUGUAACAUUGGAAGUAUACAUAUCAUAAGAAUUGUUAAUGACCAGUUUCAUGAAACAUUUUUUUUAUCAUUCAAUGGAUGUAGAUAAAACAUAAACAUAAGAAAGAAAUCAAUGAUGAUGUAUGAAGAGGGUUUCAUUUGUAGGCCUUGCAAAAACAAAGCACUUCCCCUGAUGGUGAACCUACCCAUGUCCACACCACUUCAAAACUGUCCUUGACGAGGCCUUUUGUAUAUUUCCUUAAUUCUUCACUCUUCAGCUCUUUAUCAAACAUUGAGGCUUUAUGUCUUAGAAUUAUAAAGGGCUUAGAUAUUAUAGUAGCCUGAAUUUAGCCAUUUAGCUAUUUUUUCUUCAUGCCUAGUCUGAUUUAUGUCUGUAAAAUCUCUCUGUCUCACUUUCCACCAACACCUCUCUCUUGCUCUCUCUCUCUCUCUCUCUCUCUCUCUCUUUCUCUUUCUCUUUCUCUCUCUCUCUUCAUAUACAACGCGCAACACACAAUCAUUUGAAUAUGCAGUUUGGUAGUGGUGGGCGGAUGAAAAUGUCCAAGGUAGACAACACUGUAAGUUGAGAUAAUGAUUUAUCUAAAGCCAGGAUAAUUAGUAAGGACAUAUUUAUGUUGACAGCCAUGGGAGAGGUGAUGAUACAGUAUUUAUGUUGAAGGUAUUUAUAUUGCCGUAAAAAAAAUGUGUCACCUGUGCUUCCAUGUCACUCUCGAAGAUAACCGAUCAGACCUGUGUCUUGGGAGGCUUUCUCUGAGACUGUCACCCUCAGCUUACAAAGGUCGGGCAUAGUCGUCGUGCUGGAGGAGGUCUGCUAGGCCGGGUCUUAGAUGGAGUUAUUUCAGGAGGAGUGGAGCCCAUUCCAAUAAAAGACUUUUCAGAGCA